AUGGAUUUCUUGAAAUCAGCCAUCGGAUCCGCCAUCGCGAAAGGCGGUGGCCUCCCUUUCUCUCUCGGCGACAGAGUUGACAUCGGCGAUUCGGUCUGGGCACUGCACAACGGUACGAAACGGGAUGACAGCUCCGCUUGCAGUGUUUUCGCAUUUGAUAUCAAUGCGAACAAGUCGCGCCUCCCUCUUGCGAAAAAUGCAGUGCGCAAGUCUAGGACGUUGCGGCAUCCUGGUGUUAUUAAGGUUUUGGAUACGAUUGAGAAGCUUACGGCUCGACAGACGGAGCACAAUCUUUACAUUGUCACGGAACGAGUCGUGCCACUCAGCUGGCCUGUGAAGCGGAAAAGCUUGACCGAGGAGACGGCCAAGUGGGGGUUGUAUACUGUGGCGUCUACCCUCAAAUUCAUCAACGAUGAUGCUUCCUCGGUUCACGGUGCUGUGCGCGCAUCCUCGGUGUUCAUAAGUGAGAGCGGCGAAUGGAAGCUAGGAGGAUUCGACAUUCUGAGCUCUAUGAAGGAAGACGAUGCGAUUAUAUAUACGUACGGAAGCAGUGUGCCCGAUGCCGCUCGAUACACACCCCCAGAGGUUGUAAAAGCAGGAUGGGAUACCAUCAAGCGCAAUCCUCUGACAGCAGUUGACGCUUACGGGCUUGGUAUCUUGAUCUUCGAGGUUUUCAAUGGUGGUUUCUCAGGCGGCGACCAAGCUGGCAAGACGACGAAUAUUCCCCCUAGCAUGCAGCAAAGCUAUAAACGUCUUUGCACCGCCAACCCGAAGCUACGACUGAGCCCGGGGCAUUUCGUGGAGCAGGGAAAGAAACAAGGUGGAUUCUUCCAAACACCACUCAUUCGAAUGACUGAAGACAUCGAUAGCUUGGGGCUCAAGAGUGACGAGGAGCGAGAAGAAUUUAUCAAUGAGCUUGAUAAUCUUUCUGAUGAUUUCCCAGAGGAGUUCUUCAAGAUGAAGGUGCUUCCUGAGCUACUGAAGUCCGUGGAGUUUGGCGGCGGUGGGCCGAAGGUCCUUUCAGCUACCAUGAAGAUUGGAGCAAAGCUGUCUGCGGAUGAGUUCAAUGCUAAACUGACUCCUGUUAUCAUCCGCCUAUUUGGCAACCCUGAUCGAGCACUGCGGGUCUGCCUCUUGGAUAACCUUCCGUUAAUGAUUGAUAACCUUCCCCAGAGGGUUGUCAACGACAAAAUCUUCCCUCAAAUGACUUCUGGUUUCACCGAUGUUGCCCCAGUGGUUCGAGAACAGACAGUGAAGUCUGUUCUGACUAUUAUCACUAAACUAAGUGAUAGGGUUGUCAAUGGAGAACUCUUAAAGUUCCUUGCCCGCACUGCUAACGAUGAGCAACCUGGAAUCCGGACAAACACCACUAUUUGUCUUGGCCGGAUUGCUAAGAACUUGAGUCAAAGUACUCGCUCCAAGGUGCUUAUUGCGGCAUUCACAAGAGCUCUCAGAGACCCCUUUGUGCACGCUCGAAACGCAGGACUUUUGGCUCUGGCCGCGACUAUUGGUGUAUUUACCGAGGAAGACUGUGCUGUUAGGAUUCUACCUGCCAUUUGCCCUGGACUUUUGGACAAGGAAAAGUUGAUUCGCGAUCAAGCAAACAAGACAUUUGAUGCGUAUGUCAAUCGGAUACGGAAACAUGCCUCCACAAUGCCAGCUACCGUCAUACCUGCCGUCGCACCGGCAGAAGCCAACAAACCCGAUGCUCGUGUUGGAACCCCCAAUGACAACUCUUGGGCAGGCUGGGCCAUUUCAUCAUUCACAAACAAAAUCGCAACUGCCAACGGCGAGAUUGAACCCACCGCCAACGCUAGCAAGAUUGUUGAACCCGAUACUGCCCGCUCAGCAUCGGUUCCUCGUCCCGUUAAAUCAUCACCCUCAACCCCGCUCGAACUACCAAAACAGGUCACCCGUCACACAGCUCAGCCACCCUUGAACCGGUCAGUGUCAGAUCGCCCUGCCCCGGUGAUCCACGACGAGCCCGAAGAAGAAGGGGACGACGUCUUCGAUGCUUGGGGUGCCAUGGAUGACGACGAAAAAGAUGACGAUCCAUUCACUGCUGCUGUAGCCUCUCCCAAACCCACAUCACCUGCUCCCUCAUCGAGCAAAGCCCCCGCGGUACCCUACGAUGAUGGCGGCGAACCCGAUUUCGCCGGCUGGCUAGCUGCAAAGUCUCAGACCAAAGCAAAAAAUCCCCUCCCGAAGGGUCUGACCAAGGCCUCUUCUGCCAAUUCCGUUACCACACGGUCAACCACAAGCACCGCUAAGCCUCGGACUGUGGUAGUGCCUAAGAAGAUCGAUACUAAACCCAAAGACGAGGAAACUGAUGAUUGGGGAGAUGCAUGGGAUUAA